UAGUUUUUUUUUAUUUUGUACAAAGUGAUGUUCUUAAAAAAAUACAGAAAAUUGUUUACUUUAUGUGUAAAAAGGAUACAGUCAAAUAUUUAAAAAACAACAAAAAAAAAUUGUUGUUGAACACAGUAAAGACUAAAAAAAGUGAAUUCUCUUUGGCAAGCCAAAAACAAAUCAUUUUAUAUUUUAUACAUAUAAUACGUAAAACUUAUAGUGCGUAAUAUCCUGUUUAAAAUUAAAUUUAUCAUAAAUAGCUAGCGAGCAGACCGCAAGAACGAAACGCAAAAUUCUGGAGAUUUUCCCAGGAAUUGGACCGACUUCAAUGCCAGACCUCCGAACUUAGCGAAGUGUGUGUGUGUGUUUACCCCUCACAGCAAGCACGCAGAUCUUUUUUGCCGAGUUCGAUUACAGUGAUCCGGCGUUGACCCGAGGACACGAUCCAUGCGACGACCUUCGGACUCCAGGUUGGAACCGUUGCGAGGAAUAUGAGGAUCUCAUUAUAUCCCACCAAUCGCGGCUCGAAAUCAACUCAACUUUGAAAUCAACGCAUUCACCCUUAAACUUAAUAGAGAAGACCAUGCCACAUUGUGAAGAACACUGGAUGGUAAGAGGCAAAGUUGCAGUAUUGAGUACCGAGGAAUACCAGCUCUUACCAGCGCUAAAAAAGGAUGUGCGAUAACACCGCAAAGUGGCUGAAGCUCCAACGAACACCUUUAAAACCAUUGCCAGCAUAUAUGAUCUCAGAUAAAAAGCCCUUCGAACGCCCACCACUCUCAAUCUUAAACCCCGGAAAACAGAGGGAAGGCCCACAAAAUAAAUUCUAGAACGAAAAUCACCCACUCUCGUACUCAGUCGAAUGCAAGUCUUCCUUUGAGAUCCACAUGUGUUCGUGUCUGAGCUACCAAACAGAAAAAUUUAUAAACAUUAUAUGUGCUCAAUGCAAAGCAAUGCGACGUGCAAACAUCAAACGUGGUCAGUGUUUGAGCCUAAGACCACAAGGUAGCAGCAAAAUGGAUCGCUACGAGAAGCUCAGUCGGCUGGGCGAGGGCUCCUACGGCGUGGUCUACAAGUGCCGGGACCGGGAAACAGGAGCCCUGGUGGCGGUCAAGAGGUUCGUGGAGUCCGAGGACGACCCGGCUAUCCGGAAAAUCGCACUCAGAGAAAUCAGGCUGCUGAAGAACCUGAAGCACCCGAACCUGGUCUCCCUGCUGGAGGUGUUCCGGCGCAAGCGGCGCCUCCACCUGGUCUUCGAGUUCUGCGAGCUGACGGUGCUGCACGAGCUUGAGCGGCACCCGCAGGGCUGCCCGGAGCACCUGACCAAGCAGAUCUGCCACCAGACGCUGCUGGGCGUGGCCUACUGCCACAAGCAGGGCUGCCUGCACCGGGACAUCAAGCCGGAGAACAUCCUGCUGACGGCGCAGGGGCAGGUGAAGCUGUGCGACUUCGGCUUCGCGCGGAUGCUCAGCCCGGGGGAGAACUACACGGACUACGUGGCCACCCGGUGGUACCGGGCGCCGGAGCUCCUCGUCGGCGACACCCAGUACGGCACGCCCGUCGACGUCUGGGCCAUCGGCUGCCUCUUCGCGGAGCUGGUGCGGGGGGAGGCCCUCUGGCCGGGGCGCAGCGACGUGGACCAGCUCUACCUGAUCCGCAAGACGCUCGGCGACCUGCUGCCGCGCCACAUCCAGAUCUUCGGGCAGAACGAGUACUUCAAGGGCAUCACGCUGCCGGUGCCGCCCACGCUGGAGCCGCUCGAGGACAAGAUGCCGGCCAAGUCGCUGCAGAACCCCCUCACCAUCGACUUCCUGCGGAAGUGCCUGGACAAGGACCCGGCCAAGCGCUGGUCCUGCGAGAAGCUCAUCAAGCACUCCUACUUCGACGACUACCUCGCCAAGCAGCGGGAGCAGGAGCACGUCAGCAGCCUGGAGGCGGCCUCCCUGCGCCAGCAGCAGCUCGCCUCCCAGCAGUUCAUGCUCGCCACGGCCGCCCAGCAGCUCCAGACGGGCCCCGCCCAGGCGGCGGCCAUCGCGGCGGCCCGGGACAAAUCAAAGACUUCAAACACAUCAUUACCGCUGCUGCCGAGCACGCAGCACCACCACCACCCGCAUCAAGACUUUGUAAAGCUGCAGCCCCUGAACAAGAACGCAAACCUCCUUCAUCGCACCGAGCAUCAUCUGCCCACGAUUUGAGCAGAAACUCUAAUUAAAAAUGCCAUUGCGUUGCAAGAAGUUGCACAAAUUUAAAUUAUAUACUGCUGGGAAUAAAUGUGUAAAAGUAA